AUGCUCAAUCGCAACAUCAUCUAUCAGGUCAACGGAUGCAUCAGCACGGGAAAGGAGGCCAACGUCUAUCACGCCAUUACCGAAGACGGCCAGCAUCGCGCCAUCAAAAUCUACAAGACCUCCAUCCUGACCUUCAAGGAUCGCGACCGCUAUGUGACGGGUGAGUUCCGGUUCCGCCACGGAUACAACAAGAGCAACCCGAGAAAGAUGGUCAAGAUCUGGGCCGAGAAGGAAAUGAGAAACCUCAAGCGCCUGCAGCUCGCUGGUAUUCCGUGUCCAGAGCCGAUACUACUCCGGAUGCAUGUGCUGCUGAUGAGCUUCCUCGGAGACAAGACUGGCUGGGCGGCUCCUCGACUGAAAGAUGCCGAAAUUGACGACCCGGAGGCAUACCGGGACCUGUACUUCAAGCUCGUCAAGAUUAUGUGGAAGCUCUAUCACAAGUGUCAUCUCGUCCAUGCCGAUCUGAGCGAGUACAACAUCCUAUACUACAAGAAGACCCUCUACAUCAUCGACGUGUCGCAAUCGGUCGAGCACGACCAUCCACAUGCGCUCGAGUUCUUGCGAAAGGACUGUUCGAACGUGAUCGACUACUUUGGCAAGCGCUUCCCGGAGCACUGCUUCACAGUGCGCGAGCUAUUCGACUUUGUCGUCACGGAUUCAAAAGCGAUUCGCACCAAGCUGGGGCGAGACCCCGAGCGCCCUGAAGAAAGGGCUGCAGUCAUUCCCGACGAUGAAGAGGAGGAGCUGGUCAACACUUGGCUGCACCAGCUCCAUGAAGGAAUCGCCGAUCGGCCAGCCGGAUACCUGCAGCAGGCGGAUGUCCAGAUCGACGAAGCUGUGUUCAAGCAGGCGUACAUUCCCCGCACUCUUGACGAAGUCGUGGACAUUGAGCGGGAUCUUGAGAAGGUCAAGAAGGGCAACGUUGACGAUUCAGAGCGCGCCAUGGAGGCUGACGAAGAGGAUGCAGACGAGCGGGCCAAGCCUGGGGACGACGACGACAACGAUGGAGACGACGACCAGGACGAGAGCGGGGACGACGAUGACGAUGACGACAGCGACGGCGACGGCGACGACAGCGAUGGCUCGGGCGACCAGCAUCGCGGGUCCAAGAAGCAGCAGAAGAAGGACGAGGACAAGGCCGCCAAGAAAGAGCGGAAGCAGGCCGCCAAGGAGGAGAAGCGAGAGAAGCGGAAAUCCAAGGUGCCCAAGUCUGUCAAGAAGCGCAAGCAAAAGGUCGCUGCCGAGCGGGGCAAGGGCAAGAAGUAA